AUGGAAUCUGUGUUAACACUGCUGGAGGUUUUCGUUGCGACUGUCCAAGUGGCUACCGUCUGCGUGAACAGCAUCAGUGCGUUGCACAAUAGUCUUGGUAUCUGGGGCAGUCUCAUUACUACCAAAAAACAGCUUGAAGAAAAAGCCACCUUCCUGUUAAAUGGAGCUUCCAAUAGCUUCACGUUGGCACUUGUGGAUGACAGCUUGACCGUCGCGAACGAUUAUAUCCGCAGCAAAGGGGACAUCGAUGAAUGUCAAGAGAAGGAAGACAUUUGUGAACCUCGGCAUGCACGUGGUACGGCAGCAUUCAAGUGUCUCAAUCUGCAUGGUGACUACCGAUGUAUCUCGGAGCACUGCCCGAAGAUGUAUCGAUUGGAGAAACUGCGAAAUGGAUUUCGAUGUCACCUAAAACCGGAACACGCAUGUAGACCCUACGAUCACGCUUGUCUCCGAGACCGUCCACUUCUAAUUCAGAGUUACCACAUUGAGCUGGUAGCACCAAUGAAAAAGGAACAGCUGCUGGCUGAAAUUGAUUCAAGCAUUGUCGUCAACGGAACAGUCCGAGCUGAGCUAAGGGUACACUAUGCUUACCAAAUGCGCAGCAAUAUUCAUAUGAACAUCGAAGAUGCCUUCAAGCUUCGACUCAAAUCACCCACUUCGCGCUUCGUUGAUGUCAUCCGCUUGAGACCUCUAGAAGCACCGGCUGACCUCCUAAUUUCAGCAAACCUCUUGUCAGUGCGUGGCAGACAGCGGACACUGAAAUCUGUAACAAAACUGUACAUUUUUACAGCAGAGACAGCAGCACAGCAGGCAGCUUUUGAACGACAGCAGCGUCGACUUCUACGUGGUCGCGGCCUCUAG